AUGUCCGACCCAUCCUCGCCAAACCAACAGCAAUCAGCGCAGGAGGAAAAGGCGCUUGUGCCGCUGCCGUCGACGGCGAAGCGGCCGAUCUACAGGGCGGAGACGACGGGGAGCUAUUGGGGGGACGUGAAGGCUGCCGUGUCGCGCCUCUCGGCGGACGACUUUGGGCACAUCGGCGAGAUGCCGUGCGCGCGCGGCAGUCUGCUCAGCGGGAUCGCGGCGGGCGCGGGCGUCGGCGCCGUGCGGGGGCUGAGCGCCGGCGCGUUCGUGGCGAGCAACUGGGCGGUGGGGACGUUCGUGCUCAUCUCUGUCGGGACGUGGACGAUAUGCCAGCGGAACAGGAACGAGGAACGGAGGCGGAUUCAGCAGGUGAUUGAGGAGAUGCCGCGGCGGUAUGUGAAGAAGGAGGGCGAGGGCGGCGGGCAGGGGUCCGCGUGA